AUGGCACGUGCGUUCUAACAGCGACCUUAUGAUUCUGGACGCGUCUGUUUUACGUAAUUUUGAUUAACAUUUGAUUUAUCAUAGUUGUAGCAUCAGUGUGAGUCGAAUUAACACUAUUCGAAAUAUAAAUAUUACGUAAUAUCCAUGUAUCCAGAAUCAUAAAGUCGCUGUUAGGACGCAGUGUGAAAUGAUUAAGAAACUUUUUUCCCAUUUUUUAAAUAAACUAUUAGGUUGCGAUCUAUGAUCCCUUGGAAAAGUUUUAUCUUGCCAAACUCUCACAAAGUUUUCAUUUCUCUACCAAUUCUCACGCUUGAAUAUUUUCUUUUCAACAGGUACAUCAUCACGUCCCUGUGCGACAGCUGCGAGAGCAGCGAUUCGGUGGUGGCGGUGGUGUUUUGGGUGGGCUACUUCAACAGCGCGUUGAAUCCGCUCAUCUACGCGUAUUUCAACCGGGACUUCCGGGCGGCGUUCAGAAAGACGUUGGAGAGUUGCUGCGUGGCGCUCGGGCCGGUCCGCGAUCUUCGCCAAGCACACCGGAAGCAGGACCUCGUGCACAGCAACGCGUCCUCGGAGUUGCACGUGAACAAUCAGCUGAGAGCCAGCGAGAUGACCAACGUCCACAUCGAGGCGUGCAUUUGA